AUGGUUUCAUGUACGGAUAUGUAUCGUAUCAGUGCUCAAAUCUCUAAGGCGCUCGGCGUGACCGACAAACCGUUUGGUGGCUUGGGGGUCAUUCUCGCAGGUGAUUUUGCACAAUUACCCCCUGCCGGAAGGGGUGCCUCGUCAUUGUAUUCAAACAGCAUUGGUGCAUGGUCAUCUGCCCAUUCAUUACAUGCCCAGCAGGCUGUGUUAGGUAAAGCACUAUGGCAUCAAGUAACAACGGUUGUUAUUUUGAGACGUAACAUGCGUCAACAGGGAUUGACGCCUGAAGACUGUGCUUUUCGCCAAGCGCUGCAGAACAUGAGGCUGAAGGCCUGUACGCCCGAAGACAUCGCGUUAUUGCGAACGCGUGUUGUCACUUCCGCCGGCUUACAUCACUUAAUGUCCGAUCCCAAUUCUCGGAACAUAUCUAUUAUCACUGCCCUGAACAGUCACCGAGACGCUAUCAAUGAAGUGAGCUCACGUCGCUUUGCUACAGAGAAUGGGCAACAGCUGGUGCGAUUUCAUUCCAUUGAUUCCUGGUCCAAUGUCCGUUCGAGUGACUCACUACGACAGACUCAGCGAUUGCAACAACGAGCUGUCGAUCCUAAUCGAUCCUCUGGUGAUGUCUUACCAGGAAUCCAGGAAAUGCUCUGGGCACUGCCCCCUUCCCUUACUGCUCACCGUGCAGGUAUUCUGACACUGUGCAGAGACAUGCCGGUUAUGCUGAAAAACAACGAGGCAACCGAAUUAUGUGCAACCAAUGGUGCGGAGGCUUAUGUGCUCAGCUGGGAUUCACACCAGGAUGCAGAUGGACAUGACAUACUGGACACGUUAUUCGUCCGUCUCAAGAAUCCUCCUCAGGUAGUUCAGCUUCCCGAUCUCCCACCGAAUGUAAUUCCCCUGGUCCGUGCAAAGACACAUAUCAAAUGUACGCUUCCCAACGAUUGUGUGGUCUACAUUGAUCGCUCGCAGGCAAACGUGCUCCCCAAUUUCGCGAUGACCGAUUUUGGAUGCCAGGGGCGGACACGUUCACACAAUCCGUGCCAUCUUCGCUUUUGCAAGGGGCACCAGUCACUGUACACUUGCCUGGCAUGCAGUGCAUCUCUAAAAGGUAUGCUGAUUCUCGAUGGCAUCGAUGACUCCAAGAUCACUGGCGGUUUGAAUGGUGCUCUUAGACGAGAGUUC